CCACGUGCCCCGCCCUCAGCUAACAACAGGCCAUCAAAAGUCAAGAAAAUACCGGAAGUUGCCACUGAGAAAGUCUUCCCAUGCAAAAUAUGCCUCCGUCCCUUCGCCAACAGAACCAGUGCUCGUCUCCACGCCCGCACCCACCUCAACUGCGACGAGCUGGAGCAGUCCUCAAUUUUCCACGAGAAAUGUUCCCACUGCCAAAAAAUGUUCUUCACUCGUCGAGACUUUACCAACCACCGCUUCGUCCAUCUGAGCAGCGAGGAGCGCGCGGGCUGGCGACACGGCUGCUACUUCUGCACCAAACGAUUCAAAAGUCCAUUCCAUCUCAGUCGUCAUCUUGUCACCCACACGAAGGAAAAGUUGGGCGGGAGGUGUCACCUUUGUCGAAAAGCGUUCUCCUCCAAAGAAAAGUUGACCAGCCAUGGUUUCGUCCAUUUCUCCGAAGAAGAGAAAGUCACCCUCGUGAAGCAGGGUUCGAGUCGAGAGUGUUUAUUCUGUCACAAGAAAUUCCCCGAUAACCUGACUUAUCAGUCUCACCUGGUCUCCCACACGAUGGAGAAACCUUUUCCCUGCGACCAGUGUGGGGCGCUAUUCAGUUUGAAAUGUAACUUAACCAUGCACGCGCGCAUUCACAGCGCGGAUCCGCGACCCUUCAAGUGCAGCAAGUGUGACCAAGCUUUUGAUCGAAAAGCUCAUCUCACAAGACACACGAAGACCGUGCAUCGGAAGGUGAAGGACUUCGCGUGCCCUGAAUGCGGCAAGAAGUUUGGGAAGAAGGAUAACCUGGUGCGCCACAUGAGUGUUCGUGCCAAAAUCCGCCACCCCUGCGCCACUGCGGGAACACUACAAAGUCACGUGUUGGCCGACACGUGAAGAGGAUUCGCCCAUCAGAAUGCAGGCCUGCGAAAUAGCAGUACAACUGACCGUCACCUACAUGUUUUCCAUAUACGAUAUAUAUUUUUACAUUUUCCUCAUUUCACCAUUUAUGACGAGAUAUUUAUUCCGAUAAAGAUGGCAUGAUUGAAGUAUUAAGUUGUAAAUGUGACAAGAUUUUUGUUACCUUUUUGAGCAUGACGAUUUUUAUGUAUUAAAGUGAUUCUGUCUUGUGUAAAA